UAGAGCGCACGUUUACGCCGCCGCUUCAUGUUUAGCAGGAAAACAAAUGUUUACGUGUUGUAGGUUUCGGUUACACGGAAGGCAGCUGCGACUUGGUGACUCACUGACUUACUGACUCGCUACAUGCUCAUAUCAGCUGCGUUAACUUCCAGUAAAACCAGUUUAGACAUCUAGAAUAACCACCAGUUUAUAAAUAAGACAAAGAUGUUGGAAGUUGUUUAUUUUCCUGAGAUCAAAAUCUCUCGAGUGAUUUCCGCAUUGCUGACGCUUCCAAGGGGACACAUGGACAUUGCAAAAGGACACAAAUACAGGACGCAAAUUACAUCACAGCAGACAUUUUCUAGAACCAAGCAGCAGAAAUGUGUUCUCGGGAUGUGACAGCUGUCAUCAUGGCGUACCAUGCUGGGAUUCCAGAGGAUCCCAAUGUUUUGGUCCAGAACAUCAGUUCCAACAUCCAGAGGAUCACACUGCUGACAUCAGAGUUGCAGAGAGCAGUUUUCCUGCUGGGUACUGACCAGGACAGCAGCCAGCUCAGACAGACUCUUCAGCAGAAACAGCAGCAAGGUAACCAGCUGGCGAAAGAUACCGACAAACUGAUGAAAGUCUUCACUUCUCUUCCUAUUGGCCCUGAUCAGCGGCAAAGGAAGCUACAGAAAGAGCGACUGCUGAACGACUUCUCCGCUGUUCUAAACAGCUUACAAAAGACGCAGCGGCAGGCAGCUGACAAAGAGCGGGAGUUUGUGGCUCGGGUCAGAGCCAGCUCCAGACUUUCGGGAGGUCAGCCUGAAGACAGCUUUGGAAAUGCAUCUCCAAGUUAUGCCCAGGUGCAAGCACAGUCUGAGGCCAUCACUGAAGAAGACCUGAGACUGAUCCAGGAGAGAGAGUCUGCCAUUAUGCAGCUGGAGUCUGACAUAACAGACAUUAAUGACAUCUUUAAGGACCUGGGCAUGAUGGUUCAUGAGCAGGGAGACAUGAUAGACAGCAUAGAAGCCAACGUGGAGAGAGCAGACACCAAUGUCCACUCUGGUGCACAGCAGCUUGCACAAGCUGCACAGUAUCAGCGGAGUGCCCGGAAGAAGAUCUGCAUCCUGCUGAUAGUGUUGGCUGUUCUUGCUGUUGUAGUAGGACUUAUCAUCUGGGGCGCCGUCAAAAAAUAAGACCUUGCUCUCAUCGCUAACAUUGUCAACAUGGACGAAAGAUGAAACACAAACCCUCUUAUUCUAAGUUGUCUUCCUCUCCCACCAUGAAAUUUGUCUGUCUUGCUUUUGAACAUUCUGGUAGUUUUACUGUUGGGGAUGGCCUUAAGUGAAUCAUCUGACUUAGAUGAUACAGUGUUGAUGUUUUUAUUUGCUUCAUUGAUUAAGUGAUGGCACUAAUACUUUCAGAUAUUUUUCUUUGAAUUAAAUGGUAGAUUAUGUUGAUUUAUACAUAAUGUCUCGGUACAGUGAACCAGUAUGGAGGUAUGCAACGAUUAUCCUUAGUGCUUCUUCCCAUUUGGUUAUAAAUGCAAAUUUCCCACAAAUCAAAUUCAGACUGUCCGCUAAUAUCUGUUAUUUUUAAAGUUUAUAAUUUUUACAGCAUUUCAAUUUAUUUAGAUAAUAUAUUUAUCUGAUUAACCUACAUUUAGCACAUUAAAUUAAAAUAUAAAACUGCCUAACGUUCUGCACAAUAGGAGUGCGAUAUGUUCUGUAGGUUGUGUUUUUGUUUCAAAUGAAGAGAGGUUUUUAAAUAACUUCGAACAAUGUAUAUACUGUCCAUCCUGUACAUAAUUCACCUGUUGAGGGCUGAGUAAUUCUGUGAAACGUGUUUUUAUGCGUGGGGUUUAUUUUAACCUGCUAAAAUGUGACACUCCUGUGCACCUUUACAAUCAGUUUUACGUGAUCAGCUCUCAUGUUCAUUUGUAAAGGAAAACAUCAAAUUACUGUAGUUUAGCGGAGGCUGUGUGAUGAUCAUUUAGCAACUGCUACCUAAUACUCAUCGUAUCAUAUACUGUGUGUGAACAAUCCAAAACUUAAACCAAAGCCCACAAAGGCCUAGUAUUUUAUAUACAGUCUUGGAAUAUUAGACAAGCAUUAAUGCUGCGGUUUCAGAAAUGUUUUGUUGCCUCAUUAAAAAAUCAUUAUCUGAUCCACCAUUUUAUUAUGGAGGUUUAAGUUCUGAUUAUAAUGCUGAAUAAAUUACAGAACAGAAAGAGUGAAGAUUGUCUUUCACUAGAUGGAAAAGCUGUAUAUAGAGGCAUUCGAAAAAUGAAUAUCGUAAGGUCAAUAAAGACGGAUAUUUUAAAACAGAAA